AUGGCUGCAGUCCCUGCCAACUCAUCGAGUGCUCAAGGUCUCGAUGCCUCGCUUGCUGGUCAUGAUGAGGAGCAAAUUCGACUGAUGGAGGAGCGCUGCAUUGUGACGGACAAUGACGAUAAUAUGCUCCGUGACGGUAGCAAGAAGGAGUGCCACCUUAUGGCCAACAUUGAAAAGGGCCUCUUGCACCGUGCCUUCUCCGUGUUUUUGUUUGACCCUAGCACGGGCAAGUUGCUUCUUCAGAAGCGCGCGCCUGAAAAAAUCACCUUCCCUAAUAUGUGGACCAACACCUGUUGCUCGCAUCCUCUGGCCAUCCAGUCGGAGAUGCAUGGCCGUGAAGGUGCAAAGAAGGCGGCGCAGCGUAAGAUGGAGCACGAGCUGGGUAUUCCAGCUGAUCAAGUGCCUCUGGACAAGUUCCAGUUCCUGACUCGUAUUCAUUACUUGGCUCCUGGUGAUGGCCCAUGGGGCGAGCAUGAGAUCGACUACAUCUUUUUCAUUACCGCCGAGACGACGUUGAAGCUCAAUGAAAAUGAAGUGUGUGACACUAAGUGGGUGUCGAUGGACGAGCUGAAGCAGCUCAUGACGGAACUGGAUCCGAGUUCAUUCACACCUUGGUUCAAAUUGAUUGUGAAAGCAUUCCUAUUCCCCCUUUGGCAAGACCUCCUGGAUCGCAAGGAUGCGGCGACGGGCCACGUCAAUGCUCUCGAUCUGGCCGACCAUGCGAAUGACACUAUUCACCGGUUGUAG